AUGUAUUGUUUGCAGCCUGCGCUCUCUCUGGUUGACGUACUGUUUGCGUUUCCAUCGUGUAAACCGCCUGUGGAGAGGUUGUUGGAAUUGCUACCUCGUCUAAUACCUCGCCCGUACAGUGUAUCGAGUUGCUUCAAGGAAGCAUCAAGAAAGGGGCGUGUCCGUUUUGUGUAUUCAAUGCUAAAAAUGGGCGGAGACCCAGCGAGUGGGCGGGGCUACGAGAGAUUCGGUCUGGCGACGGAUUAUCUGAGAUCGUUGAGGGUGGGAGACGUUGUUAAGGUGAUUUUGAAAGAAAGUGGGCGUUUCCGACUGCCGACGCCGUCGAACACGCACGCGGAUGUGCGCAAAAUCCCGUUGAUUAUGAUUGGUCCGGGCACGGGCGUUGCGCCAUUCUUGGCAUUUUUACAGAAAAUUUUGUAG